AUGCCGAACAUGUCUCUUAUAGCCACGCACUACAACCUUGCUUCGCACAUGCGCGUACCCCAAGGCCCGAAACCUGCCCUCAGCUUAGUUGCCUUUCGCUGCCGCCACAUGGCAAGAGCUUCCGUGAUGGAAGUGCAGGUGGAGGCUGGGAUGUGCCCGGAGCAGGGGGGCGAGAGGGUGCAUGCAUGGGGCCCGACGAUCUCGGUGCUUGAAGGCAUGCUGAGAGCUCUCGCUCACCUGGUCACAGGGUGGAGCCCUGAGACAGUGGCGAUCCUCUUGCUUGUGAUCCCCUUUGUGAUCACAGCCGUGUACUGGAUGGUCAAGGCACAGCAUCGUCUGGUCGCCAUGGAACAGACAUUGGGCCAGUGCAGCGAGAUGGUUCGUGGCAUGCUGGAGAAACUGCCGACUCCAACGGUGGAGCCUGAUGACCUGGGAAGUGGACUUCUGCAGCACUACAUGAUGGAGGAGUUCUUCGCGGGGGUGCGUACCAUGCAUCACUUUCUAGGCCUUCUGGCUUUUCACGACAGGCAGCUAGCAGAGUUUCUGAGCCAACUGGAAGAAACCCUGCGGGGCUAUGUUGAGCUGGCCAAGGCUGUCAACAACCUUUUCAAUGAGCUCUCGGUCAGAAUGCCAAAGACGGCGACAGCCACUUCCAUACUAGAUGUGGUGAAGAAUGUCCGAGAUAUCCUCCUGAAAGUCCAGGCGGACCUCGAGGAUGGAGCUGGCAAAGUGGCAGCCGGUACAACAGUGGCAGCGGCCACUCCCACGCCGGGGGAUGGCUCCAACCCUGUCUUGGACAGAUGCCGCGAAACCUUGGCGCGUGUAGAACUCCUUGAUAAGAAUUUGGAGAAAAUGCACAACAAGUUUACCGGGCUGGCCAAGCUGUUCGAAUCGGAUGCAAUCGAUCCAGGAUGA